AACUCAGUACCUGUUCAUUCCCACACAUUCAUACAACACCAAAGCGAACUUAGAGAGAGAGAGAGAUUGUUUGUUGGGGGCAGGAAGAUCUAACAGAAAAAAAGGUAAGAAAUGGCAUCUACCUCUGUGGUUAUGGCGGCAAUGCCGAUUACUUCAGCUACCCAGAAGAGGGUUCCAGGAUCUGACACCUUCUUCAAGCCUUUGCCGGUCUCUAAGCCGAGAGUUGGAUCUUCUUCAAGGACCAUAAAAUUCCAGACCAAGGCUUCCCUGAAAGAGAAGGCAGUUACCGGAUUGACAGCCGUUGCCCUGACGGCUUCGAUGAUGAUACCUGAGGUGGCGGAGGCUGCAUCGGGUGUCUCCCCUUCCCUCAAUAACUUCUUGCUCAGCAUACUCGCCGGAGGGGUCGUCCUUGGUGGGAUUGUUGGUGCAAUUAUUGGUGUUUCGAACUUUGAUCCUGUCAAAAGAACCUGACAACCUGCUUUAAUUAUCAUUUACAGCAAUUUCUUUUUCAUGUAAUCUUGUUGUGCUUCUUCCCAUUACAAAUUUAAUAUGUUCAAUCAAUUCUGCAACAA